GAUGCCACCAUGAGGCCGGUGUCCAUGUUGCUGUUUCUCGCCUUCACUCUGCUGAUUUUCAGUGCUGGCCACAUCCUACCAGGAGAAGCAGAGGAAGAAAAGAGGGAACAGAAAGUGUGGGCCAGAGAGGGGAGUUCAGUUGUGCUGCCUUGCUACCUGAGCCCUAAAAAGCUGAAGAAUAGCUGGAAACAGCUAUCCGACAAGACAUCUGUGUUGUGGAAGCGGCAUGGGGGAAGCACCCAUCAGGAGCCACACAUGGUGUUGGAGGUGGAGUACACAGGCCUCCGGAAGAUGGCCCUGCCCAUGAGGCCCCGGGUGUCAGUCCAGGACCCUGCUUUACGCAAUGGCAAUUUCUCCCUGCGAAUCGACCCAGUCAGGAGUGAGGAUGCUGGGUGGUAUGAGGCACAGGUGGCUUACAACAACAAGGAGGUCCAGAACUGCCAGGUGGAACUGGGUGUGGUAACAGUAACCCUCAGUCCUCCUGGCUUUGUGGUAGAAAAUGAGCCUCUGUUACUGAGCUGUAACUCUAGUCACCGGGCCAGCCUUGUAGAGACACGUUGGUUCCACAAUGGACAACUGGUCCCCACCUCUGGGACUCUCUGCUCCUUUCAUGGGGCUCUCUCCAUCCUCCGGCCAUCCGUGAGUGACUCAGGCCACUGGCACUGCCAGCUCAGAUACUCCGACAAUGAGAUCAUUUCCGCCACACACAACUUGCAAAUUCUAGGUUUUGAUGGCCCAAUCAACCCUAUAGUCUAUGCUGCAGCUGGCUCUGCAGCUGACCUACCAUGCACUCUGAGCUAUCUACCCAGUGCCUUUGGAAUCAAUGGAGUCAAAGCCCACUGGAUUCGGCUUGCAGGAGGACACUUGGAAGACUGGGGCUUCUCCAAGAUUUGGAGUAGCAGAAGCUUUCCCCUUCACCUUUCUGUGGUGGGUUCAGGUGAUGCGGGGCAGUACCGUUGUGCUGUCUCUGUUGGCAGGAAGACAAUUAGCAGGGACGUGACCUUGGCAGUGGUUACAGUCACCCCAAGCAUCCAAGGACCGGUUUCUGAGGGGUCUCGCUUGCUGCUCAUUUGUAGCAUCACACACCCCCGGGGACAUGAACGCUUCCAGUGGAAGCGCAUCAACUCAUCUCCCACUAACAACAAGCUGGCUGUGGCCACCUCCCAUAACCCAGAGGGCCACGGAUCCCUAACAGGCCCUACCUUGGAAAUACCACAAGUAUCACAGAAGGAUAUAGGCACAUGGGAAUGCAGUGUACAUGGCCCAGAAGGCAGACUGGGAGCAGUGGAAUAUGGACUGCAGAUCACGGGUGCCCAGGUCUCCAGCCGUCCCAUUAUCUUUAGUGGGCAGGUUACUUUUGGGCUCACAAUCACCCUCUUCCUCCUGCUUACAGUCUGUGUUCUGGCUCUGGCCCUACAGAAAAGGGCACGAUCUCCUGCCUUCCCAGCGCUGGAAGGGAUAGUUGCAGUCAGUGUGCCGAGGAAGAAGGAGAUGGAGGAGAAGCAGGAAGAACAGAUCCAGCAGACUGAGUGUUGAUGGGAGCAGGGAUGCCAGGCCCAGUCUGCAUGGGGAAAUGAGACUCUGUGUGCCAAGCUACAGAGAGAUGGGCACCAUGCAGACCUUUCAGGAGGGUCUAGGGAUGGCAUGAACAUAACAG